AUGACCCAGCCAUUUGACAUCUACAUCAUAUCUUCCAACAGCCAAAUAAUUCGCGACUUCACGGCAGAGCAAAACCACGCCUUCACGAAUAUCCUUCUACCAGCGCUUCAAGUAGUACUUCGCCAGACAAUCGACAAGCAUUUCGACCCACUGCAGCCACAGCAAAAGCAGUCAAUCAUAGCGCCAAAGCCGGCACAGCAAGAGCAGGAACAGAAAUAUAGGCCAUUACAACAGGCAAAGAUGGAGAAAACUGCGGAGAAAUCUACGAAGAAGAUUACGGAGACAGUCAGCAGCAGCAGUGACACAACAGGCCUACUCUCCACGGUCUCACAUCAACCCACUCAGUCAGCCACUCAGCCAGAGCACUCAGUUAAGCAAGAGGAGAAACCACUACAGGCAAUUACGGAGAACACUGCGAAGAAAUCAAGCGACAACAAGGCCACCAUCAUCAAGAAAACGGCUCAGCUCUCCAAGAUCCCACGUUAUAUACUCUCCACGAUCCCACGUCAGAUCGCCACUCAGCAAGCGGAGAACGACACUACAAUUUGGCCUGCUAUCUCUGCAUGCCUAGGCAAUAUCACAUUAGUGUGGCACAUCACUGCAAGAAGCAAACAAGAGAAGGAUCUACUACGACGAUUACAGCCAAAUUACUAUGAUCAGCAAGCAAAGGCCACGCAUAUCUCGCUGACGUCCCACCGAAUAGCUAUACGAUCUAUGAGGAAGAUGAGGAGGCGAAUCAGAAGCAUCACGGCCAGUAGCAACGAUACAUUCUGA